CCCCCUUCCGCCUCCGUCACACCGGGCAGUAGCAGGGAGCAUGGCGGCCAGCUCUGACCGGACUCCCCCUCCUUUCCCCGCAGCAGCGGAGGACACAGGAACGGGACAGCGUGACGCGGAGGACGGAGACAGUGAAGACGGCGAGGACAUCUUUGUUAAUAACAGUAACCCUGUGGCUAUCAGCGGAGGAUUUUUUCAGCCAGAACGAUCUGCUGAAGAACCUCCAGAUCUGUUUGGUGAGGAGGAAGACACCAGCACCACUGCCAAGUCCAAUGGAGUCCACUCAGAUGAGGACAGUGAUCUGUUUGCUGAGGCUCAUGUGGAGCUGAGCACCAACAAGUCCAGCAGCUCUGCUCAGAAAGAGCUCGCCGCCUCCUCUGCUCCUCGUCAUGCUGCCUCUUCAUCCCAGAGCCCCGCCGCCAUGAAGCCCACCUCCUUGGAGCAGUCGGAGGAGGAAGAGUGCAGCGAUGCUUUUGAUGUGGAUGUUGCAGUCACCAAUCCAGAGAAAGUUGGAGAUGGCAUGAACGCAUAUGUGGCCUACAAAGUAUCCACCCAGACAUCCUUGCCCGUGUUCAGGAGUAAGACGUUCUCUGUCAGGAGGCGUUUCAGUGACUUCCUGGGUCUCUUUGAGAAGCUGUCGGUCAAGCAGUCACUGCACGGCUACAUCAUUCCUCCGCCGCCAGAGAAAAGUGUCGUAGGAAUGACCAAAGUGAAGGUGGGAAUGGACGACCCCUCUUCAGUAGAGUUUGUGGAGAGAAGAAGAGCAGCUCUGGAGAGGUAUCUUCAGAGAGUUGUGGCUCAUCCAUCUUUACUGCAAGACCCUGAUGUCUGUGAGUUCUUGGAGAAGGAGGAGCUUCCUAGGGCGGUGAACACCCAGGCCCUGAGUGGGGCUGGCUUCCUGAAGAUGAUCAACAGGGCAUCCGAUGCUGUGAACAAGAUGACCAUCAAGAUGAAUGAGUCUGACACUUGGUUUGAAGACAAGUUCCAGGAGGUGGAGAGUGAGGAGCAGCAGCUGAGGAAGCUCCAUGCUGUGGUCGACUCCCUGGUCGGUCACAGAAAAGAGCUGUGUGGGAACACGGCAAUAUUUGCCAAAAGUGUGGCCAUGUUGGGAAAUUCUGAGGAUAACACUGCUCUGUCCCGGGCCCUGUCCCAGCUGGCAGAAGUGGAGGACAAGAUGGAGCAGCUGCACCAAGAGCAGGCAGCCAGCGACUUCUUCGUCUUUGCAGAGCUGCUGGCCGACUACAUUCGCCUUCUCGGUGCUGUGCGCGGCUGUUUUGACCAGCGCAUGCGGGCGUGGCAGCGCUGGCAGGAAGCUCAGAGCACGCUGCAGAAGAAGAGAGAGGUGGAGGCCAAACUGCUGUGGGCCAACAAACCGGAAAAACUUCAGCAGGCAAAAGAAGAGAUCACUGAGUGGGAGACGAGAGUUGCUCAGUAUGAGAGGGAUUUUGACAGAACCAGUAUGACCGUACGAAAAGAAGUCCUCAGGUUUGAGAAGGAAAAAGCCAAAGACUUCAAGAACCAGAUAAUCAAAUAUUUGGAGUCAAUGCAGCAGUCACAGCAACGGCUUGUAAAGUUUUGGGAGGCGUUCCUGCCUGAGGCAAAGGCAAUAGCUUAACGAAGACUGAAAAUUUUGAAAGACCCCAACUGCCUUUUUGAACACUUUACCUCUAACCAGGAUGGUGGAGAGAACUUUUCUUUUUGAAAUCUACAAGACACUUCCAUUCAUCUCUUCUUUUUACUCUUUUCCUGUACAGCUUUUGAUAUACUACAGUUACACUUCUUGUUGCGUAAUUUCUUUUUUAUGGUGUUGACUUUAACACGGUGUGAGGCGGGAGUGUUGCAGAAGUGAUGUUGACUGGAGUGUUUGUACACCCCUCUACUUAUCAGUGGGCUAUAUAAAGUAUGAUCAUGUUAACACAGAGGUACUCUUUAUAGAGUUUACAGUAGAAACUAGAUAAGUCAUUCCAGUCUUUUAAGGAUCUUUGUUCAUAUGUCUGAUGAUGAUGCAGUAAAAUGUGUUGCACAGUUGGAAAUGCAUUCUUUCAUAAACCAGAAUGAUGAACCGUGUGUUGGCACAUUGUUACAAUUUACCACACAAUAUUAACAGACCACAGAAAUCUUACUAAAGAGUCGACAGGAUUACAGACUUGUCACGUGUUAAAUAACAAAAAGGAGCAUUAUCUACAGUUUUUUUUUAUUUAUUUUUUUUUAUAUGUAUUUGACAGGAUGAUGUUUCUUUCAUAAAUCCAUCUCUUCCACUCCAGUUUUAUGUCCUGAGAUUGUUGUUUUUGAAUUUGAGAUUAGUGCUGUGAGCCAUGCCACGAUCCACUUGUGUGGGUGUUGAAACUCUAAUAAAAACAAAAAUGAGUGUAUUAGAAGGUGCUGCAGAGAUUUACUGCCCACAUAGAUUACUUGUGUUUGUACAGGACUUAAAUAAAACCACCCACCACUCAAAUGUUACUAACAUCCACAUACUUUUGAUACAUUCCAAAGAAGGUGACAAAGGCACAGGCAUAUGUGUUGCUGUCCUUUAUUUUCUUAUCCAACAUGUCUGUGUGGUGUUCUGUCAUCUCAUAUUUGUGCAAGAAUGUGCUUUAUUUUUGUGGCCACUUUGCAUUAGCAGUCAUUUUCCUGGAAAUGCUACACAGGAUAAAUAUGUACAAAAUAAAUCUGAUUGAGGUG